UUUGCAUUAACCCAACCUUUGGGAAUUACCGCUUCCUUCCACAACAACGCAUCAACAACGCACAAGCUACCGACCGCAAUGCCCAUACAUCAUCAAGUAUCUCCUCGCUCUCUCCGUCACCCGAAGUUCACUGCUCUGAUCAAAAGAUCAGUUGCUCGCACCCCGAUUUGUUUCGCCUCACGGUCGCUAGCUUCCGCCACUAGCGCACCGCCUGUUAGUACGAUCUCCCGGAAUCACAAAAUCGUCAUUGUCGGCGGGGGGUCGGCGGGGAUCACAGUCACCAACCAAUUGCUUCGUACUGGGAGAUUUUUCCCGAAAGACAUCGCUCUCGUGGAUCCGGCUGCAUGGCACCAUUACCAACCCGGCUGGACCCUAGUUGGCGGCGGUCUCAAGAACAAGACGGACAUGAGGAGAAGCUUGCCGGACAUGGUUGAUUCCAGAGUCCGCCUUUACAGUGACAGCGUUCGUGAGUUCAAGCCGGAGAUGAACACAAUCGCGCUUUCUGAUAGAGGCGAAAUUGGCUACGAACACCUCAUUGUGUGCCCUGGAAUUAAAGUGGAUUUUGACAGUAUCCCGGGACUGCACGACGCACUCGUAGAUCCACAAGCCCCAGUCUCCUCUAUAUACAGUUAUGAUACUUGCGAUAAGACCGCUCACCUCAUUGCUGGAUUCAAAAAAGGAAAUGCGAUAUUCACCCAUCCUACAGGAACUGUCAAAUGCGCCGGAGCGCCGCAGAAGAUUAUGUGGAUGGCUUUAGAUCGAUGGAAACGAAGCGGGCUUUACAAUCCAGAUAGCCCUUCCUCAUCGCCAAUCCAAAUCGUUUACGCUACGGGCAUGUCCGUGAUGUUCGGCGUGCCCAAGUACAGCAAGGUGUUGGAGGAGUUGCGCCAGAAAAGAGGCGUACAGUCGCUUUUCCAACACGAUCUGGUGGCUAUCGAAGGUAACACAGCGCUGCUGGCUAUGGCCGAUGGGGGUACAGUAGUCAGACGCCACUUUGAUCUACUCCAUGCCGUACCCAAGAUGGGACCUCACGACUUCGUCAAGAAUAGCACCUUAGCUGAUGACGCUGGAUUCGUCGAGGUGUAUCCUGACACCCUACAACACAAAAGAUUCUCGAAUAUUUGGUCUUGCGGCGAUGCGGCCGGUCUACCAACAUCCAAAACAGCUGCUGCAAUAACUAUUCAGGCGCCGGUGAUAGUGUCUAAUGUGCUCAGUUGCAUUCAGGGUAGAGAGAUCACCAGUACGUAUAAUGGAUAUACAUCGUGUCCUUUGAUAACGGAGCACGGCAAGGUUAUGCUUGCUGAGUUCGUUUAUGGAGGGGAACCACACGAAACCUUUGGCAGAUUUGUAGAUCAGGCGAAGCCCAAUCGAGUAUUUUACCGCAUGAAGAAGGAUUUCUUUCCUUGGGUGUAUUUCGCAGCCAUGAUCAAGGGAAGGUGGGCAGGCCCAAGAGGUUGGAAAAUGUAA